AUGGGGACCCGGUCCGCGGAGAGGUGCCACCCGUUGGGGAGGUGGGCGUCGCUCCACGGGACCGGCGUCCUCGUCUCCCAGUACCUCCGGCACACGUCCGCGCAGAUGUGUCUCACCACCGUUCCCGAGCCUCCGCAGCGCAGCCGGGCGCCCGCCAUGGCAGAGCCAUUCAUUGUUACUGGCAAGAUAAUUGCUACGAUGAUAAGAAACGGGGAAUUGGUUCCAGAAGCAGGGAUGGAGUGCCCAAACUGCGAACGUCGCAUUGAUAAUAGUGAUGUUUCAUCACAGUGGCCAGGACUCCCUAUUGGUGUUAAAUUUGAUCCAACGGAUCUUGAACUGCUUGGACAUUUAGAAGGCAAGAUUGGCAGGGCAGUGUCCCAUGUACUAAUAGAUGAUUUUAUUCCAACCAUAGAGAUGGCGGAAGGAAUCUGCUACACACAUCCGGAAAAUCUCCCUGGUGUCAAAUUAGACGGGAUCGCCAGUCACUUCUUCCACAAAAUAUGCAAUGCCUAUGAUGUUGGCACACGCAAGCGUCGCAAGAUUAGCAGCAACGACUACAAUGUUUGUGAUGAGAAUCUCAGAUGGCACAAGACUGGAAAAUCUAGACAUAUCUUAAAUAAUAACGGUGACAUAAAAGGGUGGAAGAAAAUAAUGGUUCUUAGGAAAGGAGGUGCCAAGGCAGAAAAGACUAAUUGGACGAUGCAUCAGUAUCACCUUGGGGUAGAUGAAAAUGAAAAGGACGGGGAGCUUGUUGUUUGCAAAGUCUUCUUUCAGUUGCCGUCAGAGAAAGCUGGGCAGUCUGCAAUGCUCGCUGUUAAUGAAGAAUCCGAUUCAUUUGCUGGGAAAAUCGAUCCUACAACCCCAAUGACAUACCCUCUGCAGCCUUGUCGCCCAAACGGUAGUCCAUCCGAAACCGAGCAGAAUCAGGAGGAGGAAGAGUUCCGCCUAUCUGCUGUCCGGGGAGCCGCGGAAUGGCUCGCCGGAACCUCGUCGCAUGCCUUUGAUGAACACCCGUCACGCGGCAGAACCCCGGACGCUGCCUACCCUGAGAAGCAGCAUCUGCUUCUUGUUGACACGGACGCGCUCCAAGGGUUCCCCCACCUCGGAGCGUCUCCGCACUUCUCCUCUCUGGCCGACAUGCAGCUUGACUCGCUGGAUAGCUUCAACAGCUGGCUGGAGCACAUGUAGCAUAACGCGUCGAGGAAGUUUUUAUUUAUUUUUAAACGGAGGCCAAACUCAUCGAGGAGGGGUUCUGAAGUAGGGGCGCAACGCGAAGAGGCUGGUUUUUUCUCGUGAUGUACUUAUGUUGUAC